CUCAAGAGGACUCAGCCAAGUUGUCGCCAUAAUGACCAAACCAAAAUGGCUGCUCUCAGAGAUUAGUUGACAGUCAGCUGGAUUCGGUUUGAUUAGAGCCUUGUGUAUUUCAACGACUCUCUAAAAUGAAACGACUAAAUAAGUAGCACAGCAGCAAGAGUGAACGUUAUUCAUAAAACUACGGAUGCACUGGAUUUAGAGAUCACAAUGAUCAAGUUCCUUCUGAUGGUUAACAAGCAGGGCCAGACCCGCCUGUCUAAGUAUUAUGAGCAGGUGGACAUUGAGAAGAGGCCUUCUCUGGAGACUGAUGUUGUCAAGAGAUGCCUGUCACGCAAAAAAGAAGAGUGCUCUUUUGUGGAAUACAAGGACUUCAGACUAGUGUAUCGACAGUAUGCUGCUCUCUUCAUAGUUGUUGGUAUCAGUGACACUGAGAAUGAGCUGUCAAUCUAUGAGCUGGUACACAACUUUGUUGAGGUUCUUGACAAGUACUUUAGUCGUGUGAGUGAAUUGGAUAUCAUGUUCAACCUGGAUAAAGUGCACAUCAUCAUUGAUGAGAUUAUCCAGAAUGGACACAUAGUGGAGACCAACAAGAACCGCAUCCUGGCACCUCUACUUGCUCUGGACAAGAUGGCUGAGGCACAUUGAGCAGUUGUUUGAACCAUAGACUUAGACCUCGCAUCAUUGUAUCUGUCCAAUUAUGGCGUCUUUAAGAGCAUGGGCAGCGCCAUUAAGGCCAUCUCCAUUAUGAAGUACUCAAUUUUCUUCUAUGAGUUGGGAAACUGAAAGGGUGUACGCUGCCACCUAGAGUGUGUUGUUUUACAGUAAUAAAGCAGAGGUUGGCGAUUUACUGACACCUGCGGUUAUGGAAUGUCUCCUCACAAGUAUAAUUGUCUGAUUCCUCCUGGUAACCUGAAUGGAAUUAUAUGAUCCUUGAAGGAAAACCACCCAAAAAACGAUAUUUUGGUAUUUGUUUCAUUAGUCCAUUGCUGACAUAGUCCCAAAAUGUUUUGAUUGUCAGCAAUCACGUUUUUAAGAUUUGUAACUUUCAAACCAUCCCCGUAUGAUGCAUUUUGCACCAUACAAGGAUGAUUUCUGUAUUUUAAUGCCACAUUCAAAACAACUGGCAACUCUGAAAAAUACAUGGUCAAACCAUGUCAGAACUCUAGAAAGAGGCCAGAUAUUCUGAGUUGGAUGACCGUUCAAAUAGAUUUUUGUUUUGAAAUCCAAAAUUCCUGAAAACAUUUUUAAUGUCAACUGGGUGAGACUUUCAACUUCUUUGGAUGAUCCCUCCUGGUGACCCUAUUGAAAUCAUGUCCAACCAGGACAUCAAGAGGGAUCGGCCAAAUGUGAAGAAGAAAAUGUAUUACUUCAAAAUGGAGCCGCCCAUCAGUUCAAUUGGCAGACACAACUUUAUACAAAUAAAAAGAUGAGUCCUCCAUGAGCUGCCCAUGCUAAAACAGGCUUUUGGACACUAGAGACCUCCAUCUAGCUCUAUGGUUUGAACAAACUAAGACUACAGUGGCAAGAAAAGUAUGUGAACGCUUUAGAAUUACCUGGAUUUCUGCAUAAAUUGGUCAUAAAAUGUGAUCUGAUCGAAGUCACAACAAUAGACACAGCGUGCUUAAACCAAUAACAAACAAUUAUACAUGUCUUUAUUGAACACACCAUGUAAACAUUCAGCGUAGGGUGGAAAAAGAACACAAACCCUUGGAUUUAAUAACUGGUUGACCCUCCUUUGGCAGCAAUAAACUCCAACAUUUGAGGUUGCAGAUCAGACCUGCACAACGGUCAGGACGCAUUUUAGACCAUCUUUACAAAACGGUUUCAGUUCAGCAAUAUACUUGCGAUGUCUGCUGUGAACCACUCGAGGUCAUGCCACAGCAUUUAAAUAAAUCGGGUUGCGGUCUGGACUCUAACUGGGCCACUCCAGAAGGCGUAUUUUCUUCUGUUGAAGCCAUUCUGUUGAUAUACUUUUGUGUUUUGGGUCGUUGUCCUGUUGAGCUUCAAUUGGCAGACGGAUAAAGACAUUUUGCAGGAGAAUGUUAGGCUAAACUUGGGAAUGAAUUUUUAUGACUAAUUUAUGCAGAAAUCCAGGUAAUUCCAAAGGGUUCACAUACUUUCUUGCCACUGUGUUACCCUCUGGGGAAAAAAAUGGACACAUUGCCAUCCAAAUGAUUUAUGGACUUCAUACUUGAGUUUAUCAAUAAUAAUAAUAAGUAUUUUUUUUAUACAGCAGCUAUAGUAAUAGAUUGAACUGAGGUAUUACGUACAUCUUCCCUUGGAGCUUUAAUGUGCAUGGAAUGUUAUUCAGUUCUUAACGUAAAUAAACAAGACUUCAUACUUUGCAAA